AGGCAUUAAAUCACCUCUUAUUUACUUUUAUAUUUAUUGAGAUUUUUACUCUCGGGGAGAUGUGAGAUUUUCUGCCUCAGGUGCCAUAAUAACUUGCCCAGCCCUAGGUAGCUUUCAUGUUGACAUUAGAGGAGGUGUCAUUUGCAUUGUGCCUCAGGGGACAAAAUAUACGGUAUUUGUGUGAACAAGGAACCAGGAGAAACAACAACAUGGGCAGUGUUUUCCUUUUGGAAUAGUUUCCAGAACAAUUAAAGCCACAACUCCAUCCAGCCUUUACUAUCGUUAUUUUUAGCUGCUCACCACAAGUGAAUAAGCUGCUUUUGCAGUGGACUUCACCGCCCAUACUGAUGUGGUCUACCCCUGAACUUGGAAGGUUUUACAUCAAGCCCUACCCUGUUACCAGUAUUCUUGAUUUUAAGAAUAUCUGUAGAAAUAUUACAAUUUACCAGUAUUUAGCCACAAACGGGGUUGGUUCCAGAUUCUCGGUCAAUCUAGUGUGCGGCAACGGCAACAUCGCCUUCCACUUCAACCCCCGUUUCGACGAAGGCCGAGUCGUCGUGUGCAAUACUCAGCAACACGGCCGCUGGGGAGCUGAGGAGCGGGCCUACAACAUGCCUUUCCAGCCAAAUAUUUAUUUUGAGAUGAUCAUCAACGUCAAGAGCCACUGCUAUCAGGUAUCCGUCAAUGGCAACCACUUCCUGGAGUACAGACACCGCCUUCCUUUCCAUGAGGUCCAGACAUUGCAGAUCAAUGGAGAUGUCUCUUUGAACUGCAUCAGCUUUGCUGGCACUAAUCCUCCACCCCCAUACACCCCUCCUGCUUACAAUGUUGUGACAGCCACCACAGUUGGUGGAAUGUUUGCUCAGCCGAACUUUGUGCAGCCAUCUUUUUCUACAAGGAAGAAGAAGACGGCCCAGGGUAACAGUGGAAUAACUUUGUCCAAUCCUGCUGUCCCAUUCCACAUUGCCAUCCCGGGGAAUUUCACUCAGUUCCGCAAGAUUACAAUUGUGGGGAAUGUGCCUUUUCACUCAAACAGAUUCCAUGUGAACCUGAAAAACACAAUGAGCGGCAACAUCGCCCUGCACAUCAAUCCCCGACUGAAGGAGGGAGCAAUAGUCCGGAACACCUUCAUCCAUGGCAGUUGGGGCUCUGAGGAGAGGCACUUGCCUGCCAUGCCCUUCUCCCCUGGCCAGGCCUUCCAUAUGGAGAUCACCAACCUAAAGAAUAACUAUCAGGUGACUGUGAAUGGAAUUGCGAUAUUCAAUUACACCCAUCGAAUCCCUUCAGGACAGGUGGACCACCUGGAAAUAGCUGGGGAUGUGACCCUCUCCUGUGUGCAGUACUAUAUAAGCAUCUGCUUUCAUUGCGUCUUUGGAGGGCAGAAAAAGGUAGAGAAUCAUUCGGUCAGUUCCAGCAAGUGCUAUAAGAUGGCUUUCUCCUCACCUAUUUUGCAUCCAAGUGUUCCCUUUCUUCAAUACUUUCACGCGCCCUUGCGUGGGGGGAUGUCGAUUUGCAUCAUAGGCCAGGUCCUGCAUUCCGCAAAAGGGUUCGUGUUCACUGUUAAUCUGUUGGGCGAGAAUGGCGACAUCGUCUUCCACUUCAACCCGCGGAUGAACGAAAACGAGGUGGUCUGCAAUACGAAGCAAAAUGGAGGUUGGGGAAAAGAGGAGCGCUGGCCCAUUCCUUUCGAGGCAGGGGCCACUUUUAUGAUGAUCAUUGAUGUCAUGAGCGACUGCUACAGGGUAACUGUCAAUAGUAAAGACUUCCUGAAAUACGUCCACCGCAUUCCCUUUUUUAGCGCCCGGGCUCUGGAGAUCAAAGGGGAUGUCAACUUGCAGAGAGUCUCUCGAACCCGCUCCAAGAUGAGUUUACCCAUUGCUGCUGCUUGGACCAAUACUGAAGGCCUCAGUGAUGGAAAGAGGUUUUUAAUCCAAGGCUUUGUCCGACCGUACACGAAAAGAUUUGCAGUGAAUUUCCUGUGCGCCAAUGGCGACAUCGCCUUCCACUUCAAUCCGCGAUUUGAUAUGCUAAAGCCGGUGGUCGUGUGCAACACGCAGAUGAAAAGUGAAAAACAGCUCUGGGAGUUCUGGAAGAGUGACGAAGUCUUCUGGGGGGAAGAGGAAAUUGCCUCCAGCAUGCCUUUCAAGCAGAACAAUUCUUUUGAGAUGACCGUCAAUCUUGAGAGUGGCUGCUAUCAGGUGUAUGUCAAUGGAAAUCACUUUUUGGAGUACAAGCACCGUGUUCCCCUCAAAGAAAUCCAGACUUUGGAGGUCAAAGGUGAUGUCUCAGUGAACCGCUUUGAAUUUUCUGAGAUUAAAGCUCCACCCCCUUACAGCCCGCCUGAUUCCGGUGACACCACAUAUAACAAACAGGAAGAGAAGCGUGCCCCAGAAGCAAAGUCAACCAAAUAGUGAAGACCCAAGAUGAGCCUGUGUGGUCCUUUGGAAAACGGAAGCGCUGGCUGGUUGGGUAAAGGGAUGGGUGCUCUUUUCCUGACCUCACUGAGGAUAGAGUUCAUCUGUUAUGUGUGGAAUGAAGCAAAAUUAAGUAGUGUCAUAAAAACCAGUAGUUAGCAAAAUAUUUGCAUGGUUUCGAUAUACUGUACUUUGUUAUUGUUGGCUGUUGUGAGGGCAAUGGGAGAUUGCAAAACGACAAGGCUUGGGGAAUAAACAUUGUAAACACAAGUAAACUCAAGGCCCUUCAAUAGUCACCACGAAUGCUUUGUUACCAGCAUAUCCUGUUAGCCGUCCUCAAUAUAUUUCCUGGAAAUCCUUUGUUAGGCAAAUGUUUGCAAACAAAUCCACAAUUCCCACUGAUGCCUUUGGGAAUCGGUUAUCUCUGUCCGCCCCUGCCAUGGUUUGUUCCUAAAAUGGCUGCAGCCAACCAGAUAAAGGGAAGCAAAACAAAAAACUGAUUUGUCCAAUCUCUCUCCCCACUCCCUUUCCCCAUGGUUUCUGUCCAAAAAUGGCUGCCACUGACCAGCCAAGCACAAGUGAGGAAGUGGGCAAACUCUGGCUCUUUGGAUAUCUGAAUCUGUGGAGUGUAUAGCAAGGUUUGGGCAUGAUUAUUUAUGUUUGGAUAAGUGAACUGGCAGAUAGUGAGCAGGUGGACAGCAGGACCUGCAUGUACUUUAUGCUGUUUGUGUUUAUGCUGGCUUUUAGGUUGUUUUUUUGUGCUGACUGGUAAUUCCAUUUUAAUAUUCUUUUGCUUUAAUUUGUCAUGUUAAUAACUUUGUUAAUCACCCGCAAAGGUGGUAUAGAACUGAAACAAACAAGCUUGGAAAUUUGAAAUAUAUAAAUAAAAGUGCUAU